AUGAAGAGUCUCAGAAUCGCAAUGGUGUCCGACUUCUUCUAUCUGCUGAAAGGAGGCGUGGAAACCCACAUAAAGUAUUUGAGCGAAGAGUUGAUUGCAAUGGGCCACAAGGUCAUAAUCAUCACACAUAGGGCAGGCAACCUGGUUGGUUGUAGGAUGGUGGGGAACAUCAAGGUCUACUUCCUUGACAUUCCUGUUCUCUGUAGGAACACGACAUUUCCGAGUCUGUACUCGAACUUCCCGCUGUUCAAGGAGAUCUUCGACAACGAGGAGAUUGAGAUUGUCCACGGCCACCAGACAAUGUCGAACAUGUGCAUCGAAGGCCUGUUCCAUGCAAGGACGCUGAAUCUCAAGACGGUAAUUACGGACCACUCGAUAUUCGAAGUGGGUCCUUUUGAGAACAUUGUUGUCAAUGCCCUGUGCCGCCUUGCGCUGAAGAAUAUAGACAGGUGCAUCUGCGUGUCCUACACAUCCAAGGAAAACACCCACAUUAGAACGAUGAUUCCCCUCGAAAGGAUCCACGUCAUCCCAAAUGCAAUAGUCUCUGACAUCUUCCGCCCCAGUGAGAAAAAGCAUUCCGGCGGAAAGGUUGUUGUGGUUGUAUCAAGGCUUGUGUUUAGGAAGGGAAUUGAUCUGCUUAUUGGGGCGAUCCCACUGAUCUGUAAGGGCGAUCGAAGUGUCCGGAUCGUUAUAGUGGGUGAUGGGCCUAUGAGGGAUGGAAUUGAGCAGGUCCUGGAUGAGAAUGAAUUGUAUGACAGAGUAGAGAUAAUACACGAGGUUGAUCACGAGAGGGUUGGAGAGAUAAUGAGAAGGGGUGAUGUCUUUCUCAACACGUCCCUGACCGAGACCUUCUGCAUAACCAUAGUUGAGGCGGCAUCGUGUGGCCUCCAUGUUGUUAGCACCAAUGUCGGCGGGAUACACGAGAUCCUACCGCCGGACAUGAUAACAUUCAGCAGAAUCACGCCUGAAGAUAUUGCGAGGAAGGUGCUGGAGGUCCUAGGGAAGAGCGGCCACAACCCGCAGGACUACAACAAAAGGCUUAAGAAUGUAUAUAGCUGGGAGAGAGUGGCAAGGAUGACAGAGAAGGUGUACAUGGAGAUUGAGAAGACCUCUCUCAGCUACAGAGACAGGAGAAAGCUGUACCAGGGCGUCACAGGCUUUCUGUCAAGGUUCAUGAUAACGAUAGAGUAUCUGUUCCUUUUUGUUCUCAGCCUAAGAAAUGUAUAG